AUGGCUCCGCGCAAGAUCAAGUGCUCUUUCAAGGAGUGCAAGGAGGCAGCGCAGCGCAUUGCUGGCGACUGCGGUUUCUGUAACGGCCACUUCUGCGGCCGUCACCGGUUACUAGAGGACCACAAGUGCACUGGUCUUGAAGACUGCAAGAAGGCAGCACACGAGCAGAACGCUGCCCAGCUUGAAUCCGAGCGGACCCACGUCAUCAAGGGCGUAUAA